AUGAAAGCUUAUCAUAGCGCUGGAACGAUGUCCGAUCGAUCGGCAGCAGAUGAUUUCUUCGGUAUCGAAUACAUGUCAUCACAGUCUCCAAAAGCUGAGCCGAAAGAAGAAGAAAAAGAGCCGGAUAUCGCUGUAAAAGACAAACCGAAGAGAUCCUUUCGUCUUAGGACUAUUGAGAGCGCAUUUGAAAAAGAUCCUAGUCGAUUGUCGGGUACAGAAUUCUUGGAUCGGGCGUUUUUUCCUCAACUUGAACUUGUUCUCAGGACCCUGAUGAAUCAUCAGAAAAUGGCAGUGAGUCGUCCAAAGACUUCAUCGAAGGAGCAGUAUUUUGGACGAGUGGGAUCGGCCACUAAAGAGACGAUAAGAGCGCCAUCUGAAGCAGAAGAGUCAGUACCUCAGCUGGUUGAAUUGGACGGAAAUACGGACAAUAGACGUCGUUCACUUACGAGAAAUCCACAGAACGACAGUGGCCAUUUUCAGUUCGAUGUUAGUUCUGACGAUUCAGCCAGGGAAUCCGGACUAGACAAAAUACGAGCCGAUAUUAUUCCAUUGUGGCGAAUGACACAGGAAGAAUUGGUGGAGCUCAUGAUAAACAGGGUUCUUUAUAAAGACGACGAUAUUGUUGCGUUAGACAAACCAUAUGGUAUGGCUUAUUCUGGAGCGUCUCAGAAUUCUCCUCAAUUAGAUAGGUUAUUGCAAAAGAUUAAAGCCAGUGUCGUCCCAAAGUGUGAGCGAUUGUAUCUAGUUAGAUCGUUGGAUAAGUUCCAAUCCGGGAUCGUUUUGUUUGCGACUAAUGCUACGGCACAAUCGGCUUUGAAAGAAGAUUUUGAGAAAGGCAUGGUAGAACAAAUAAGCAGGUGUAUAGUCCGCGGUGAAUUGAAUGAUUCUCCCCUCAAAAUUAAUAUUCCUCUACUGAAAACAGUGAAGGACAGGGAUAUGAAGCUUGUGCCUUUGGUGUCGAAUAAGGCGAAAGGCGACAUUUUCUACGUGGAAUCAGAAUGUCGCACAAUCCGUGGAAAUCAGUAUGUUUUCGAGUGUGGAAGUCCGAACUCACAGAGAAAUCCCACAUCAGAUCCGUGCUCAUCUCGCACUGGCUGGAUGUCCUUUAAUUGGCGAUGCAAAGUACGGAAACUCUUCACCGCGACCUCCACGAUUGUCGCAUCAUGUUCUGGGAGCACUCAACGUGACAGAUUCGCAGUCUCGCAAGAUUCCGAUGUAUCUUCAUUUGAAAGAGAUUAA